CUUGUUUUUUGACCUUGACCUUCCUUUUCUGGUUUUUGUCAACCACUACUUUUCCUCUUCAGUUUGACAGUUGUUCAAACCAUGCCACAAACAGAAGCGCAAGAUAAACGAAAUAGUGAGGCUGCACAAACUCCUGAUGCCGACAAUGACCCAGACAAACCUGUUUUACCCUCCAUUCACCCUGACGAUGCCAAGGACAAGGUCUUUACCGCCAUUCUCAAGGCAUUGCUGAAAAUGGGCAAUAAACCUAGCUCUCCCAAGGAACUAGCGAAUAUCAUUGCAAAAUAUAAAUAUGCCACGUUAGGUGGUGCGACGCCUUUUGCUACCGUAUCAUCACGAAUAUCACAACACUUUAAACGAGCUGCAGAACAUAAUCCUCCCCGACCUCCCUUGCUAGAAAAGCACAUUGAUCAAAAGCAUUCAAGAAAAAUCAAUUACUCUCUUGCCACAGACAACUUGCCAGCCGCUGCUUUGUCAUCGUCCGCAGCUGUUUCACCCCAUCCAAUCGAUGAUGCAUCCUCCUCCGCCAACAUCCAAUCACAGACUUCACCGGCAGCAUCGCCUCAAUCCGAAGGUCGAUCUAGUCAACCUACCACUCGCUCGAAACGUCCCCGCCCAACCCCACUGACCGCACGUUCGACCUCACGACGUUCUCGAAAGAGGCAACGUUCACGCCAUUCAGAGACAGACUCUCAGAAAUUGCACGAUACCGAUGAGGAAGCAGAAAACGAACCAUAUCCUAAACCACCUGCUCGUCAUCCAUCGGUCACCGCUUUACCAUUGUCACCCGAUACAGCCUCAUCUCCCUCUUCCUCUUCACGUUCAUCUUCUUCCUCGUCGUCCUCUUCCUUAUACUCUUCACUCAACUCGGUUAGAGAUCUGCCUUCCGGCUCCGUGCCUCCCUCCCCGCCCAUCAUGAUGGAUGUUUCCGAUGAGGAUGAAAGCGAAGCGGAGUACUCGGAUUAUUACGAAGAAAUGCUCAAGGGCGAUGAACAGAUGGUCAAUUUCGAUGUGAAUCUACCUGAACAACCAUUGCAGGCCGCGCCAGCCAAAGAACAACAAAAACAUUUUGGGGAUACUCUGACGGUGAAUCGGCGACCCAGCAUGUUGAAUACCCAUCGAUUAUCGAUUUCAGAUCCGUCAUCCAAUAUAUUCGGACGAAAACCGUCCUUGUCAUUCAAUGCCAGCUUACUGGGGGAGAAUGAUUUUUGGACGCCUUACAGUUUUGAACAAGAUUUUGAUACGACGUAUCUUUCGGACGUGACGCUGGGUGAUCAUAUCCCAUUAAACAUCGCCGCGCCAGAAUCCAUCUCCGUAGCCGAACUAGAUCGAUAUUUCAACAAUGGCAACGGCAAUGAUAAUAGUAAUAGCAGUAGUAACAAUCAUCAUCACGCUCCAAGUACAUCAGCACGAACCAAUCGCAAAAGUUUUUCCGCGGCCAUGCUGGGACCGAAGGAAAGCUCACUGUUACAAACAGUCUUGUUAUCCAGUGCCGCGCGUGGCGCAGCAGCAUGUAAUCCUCCCAGUCAAGACGACACGGAUCAAGGACAACCUUCCUUGACCCGAAGGCGGUCAUGGCCAGAAAUAGGGGUCACUUCACCGUUUCCAACAGAUAAAGGUAGCCUGGUUUCCCCGGUUCCGGUGUCAGGGCAAGACUCCUCGGUCGAACCUGAACGCGAUCCUGUUACCAAGGAUCCGGUAGCGUUACCAUCCGCACAACCGCAAAUUAGCCAAGAGGACAAAACAAGCUACAGUUGUCUGGACAGUCGGUAUCCGUUCACCAUUACAAAGAGAACAAAUGAUGAUAUGGAAUUUUACGAACUUGAAUCACCUGUGGAUGUUCCUGGUACAAAGGUGCUGCGGUUCAUCAAAUGGUUGAACCACGGGAAAGUAUCGAAACCGCUCUCGUAUCUCAAGCAGGAUUACGUGAAUGCAAGUCAACUUCGCAAGGCGGCAUGUCCGGUGGUGGGUGAAGGUUCAUUUGAUGCCGAUGAAGAAUGGAAGCGCGGACACAGCGUAGUUUCAAUCACUCAAGGACCUACUGAAUGCCACGGUGACUGGAUCCCUUUGACUCGAGCGCGGGAAUUGGUACAAGAAUAUGAAAUUGAGAGCUCACCGGGACUUGGUCAAUUCCUAAAGGAUGAUCCUUUGUCCGAUGCAGACGGCAAGCUAGAAGACUCGGAUACGGAUUCGGAAUCGGCGAAAGAUCUAACCACGGAGGAAGCCAUCAUGCAAUCUAAUCGUACAUCAUCCAUUGAUCCACCUUCCCUCGAUACUCCCUUAGACCCGACCGCGUUUGUAAAUUUUGGCGAGGCUGAUAAACAAGCAUCAUCUUCUGCGACAUCCACGACAUUUGCAUCUUCUUUGCCCUCAUUGCAACCAAACAAAAACAAUAGUGUAAACAUCGACUCAUUCGUGGCACCUCCCAUUAAUCUCCCGACCAAACUCUCCCCAUCUUCCACUCCGCCUUCGCUUGCAGAUGAUCUCACCAAAAACAUGCCGAACCUUAACUUGUCUGCUUUGCACCAGAUCACUACGGCCAUACCUAGCCUUGCACAUCUAGCACCGACCAUCGAUUUAGCCAAAUCAUUAGCCGCAUACAUGCAACUGUCAAAGUCGAAUACCACAUCAAGUGCACCUUCCUCGAAUGGGUCCAGCUACUUUGAUGUUAAGGCAGCAUUGGCGAAACUUCCCUUUUUAGAAGCACUUCUGAAAACUCAAAGCAGUUCUGCCCCGGCUUCACCGACGGCAUCACCUUCGGCUCCCUACGCUCCGUCAUCGCCAUCGCCAUCGGCUUUAUCGAAUCCUGCCAAAGGAAUGAAGGAACAAUCUGUCGUGAUCAAUACGACAGUACCGACGGAUCCGCCCAUGUUUAUCACCGUCAUGGAUAAUGUGGCGGUUUGUAUCGCUAUCCUGUUAAAGACCGACACCCGUCCGGAGUACCGAUUAAUGCGGCGUUUGGAUUCUGGGUUCAUCAACGGAACGACGCUUUUAACCGCGGGAGGCAUUGAAACGGAGAGCGAAAAAAGCAUGAUUCUCAGUUUUGAAAUGGAGCGUGUGCGAGUCCCGAAAAGGCAGAGCCCACUCUUUGGCACUUGGAUCCCGCUUCGUCGAGCUCAAGAGCUGGCAGUGACUUGCUCGAUCGAGCAUCGGUUGGGCCCGUUUUUGAGUGACGAUAUCGAAACGUACUUUCCUUGCCCGUUACCGAUCUCUGUUCCUGUGCUACCCAAACCAAGAGAUGGACGAUUGACAGCUCUUGCACUAGCUGCACUCCGUAAUUCAUCCGUGCAUACACCCAGUGGUUUAUCUCCUACUUCCCGGUCGACGACUGCAUACAACACAACAGCUGCACAGUUACAACAGUUGAUGCUCAAGCAUCCGCAGCGGAUGGUCGAAAUAGGCAAUGUCACGCCGAAAGCGCCAUUACUCGGUUUGUUUGAUAAGGAACACGAGGAUGAUUUGUCGCGUGAAGUAUUGGUGGUACCGUGUUCUUCAACCAGUAGCCAUCCGGCUUCCUCCAGUCGUGGAUCCAAACGACGUUUUGACAGGUCGUAUGCAAGUCACCCAUCCGAUGACGACACCGACACAGAUACAGAUGUGGAAGAAGUACGCCAUCACAUGAAGAAAAUGCGUGAAGCGGCGAUUGUAGCCAUGGACAAUGGAAGUUCCAUGGAUCUGGAAGAAAUGAUGUCUAAAGCAUGCAGUCCAAUUAUUCAGUCCCAGGAACCACCUCCAUCCCACCGAUGGACGGUACGUCCACCGACGAUCUUCCACAAGAGUCGACGUCGUCCUAUACCCGAAAUCCACAAGCGCAAUUCAAACAAUGAUGCAAUGCACGUUUCACCCGUUACUACGCAUGAUCUGCGACGGCCCAGUCCGGCUGGAAAGCUGACAGCGUCCGUUAUCAAGAAAUCGGCAUCAUGGAAUGGCGCUUUAAACCCUUCUCAUGCAGUGACUGGGAUGUCGCCGAGACGACCGAUUGGGAAAAAGGUUCAGCGCAAGUUGCAACUGAUCGACGAUGAUACGAAAACCCAAGAGGUGGGACCGACCGAUGAUGAAAGUAUAGUGAAUCGAGUGGUGGAGCAUCAAGUCAGCUUGCGACCCCCUGCCGCAACAAAGGCAUCAUGUGUUGAGAGUGUUUCAUCUUCAGCCGCCUUGACGGAAGUGGAGGACGUCGAAGACGAAGAUGAAGAGAUUUCUAUUGGUGGUAGCGACAACGAUGAUGACCUGCGUUGAAAGAAAAAAAAAACAAUGUGGCGAAUGUUGUUCUCGUGUUUACCGUCGUCGGCAACUCUGUUUUAUUAUUUUGUGUCCAUGUUUGUAAACCGUUUCAUUCUUCUGUGGUUAUUAUUUUCUCAUCAUGAGAAGUGUUUAUCUUGUUAAAUAUUAUGCUUGCCUAUACAUAGUUACCUAUUGUAAAACCUAAAGUCCAAUAAAGGAAAAAUAAAAAUAAAUAAUGACAGCU